AAGAACAAGAAAAAUAAGCAAAGAAAAGACUUUUGUAAAGCGCAUAAAACAGAGAGGGAAAAAAGUAAAUAAAAAAUGGAAGCCACAACAAACAGCACAGAAAGCCACACGAAGCUGCAGCUGGAUGAGGAAGAGGGUGGGCAACAGCAGCAGCUGGAGGCGCCACAAACAGCGACGGCGACAACGGCAACAGCGGCGACCAUCAUUGACAUUCCAGCAGCCGUCUCCUUUGCCUCCUCGCACAGUUCCUUUGCCUGCUCCUCCUACGACACGGACUGCAGCACGGCGAGCAGCACUUGCUGCACCCGCCAGGGCGAGCACAUUUACAUGCAGCACAAGCUGCCAGCAACAACAGCAACAUGCACAUCAGCAGCAGCGGCAGCAGCAUCCACAACAGCAUCAGCAGCAGCUAAUACAGCUACAACAUGCAACAUGCCACCGAUGGAAACGGAUGAACUGAUGAUGCUUAAAUUCGAGCAUCGCAAACAUUGGCCGUGGUUCAUUCUGAUGAUCUCCGUCAUUGAGAUUGCAAUCUUCGCCUAUGACCGCUACACAAUGCCCGCCCAGAGCUUCGGCCAGCCGGUGCCCAUACCGAGCGACUCGGUGCUCGUCUAUCGACCCGAUCGCCGCCUCGAAGUCUGGCGGUUCUUCAGCUACAUGUUCCUGCACGCGAACUGGUUCCACUUGGGCUUCAACAUCAUCAUCCAACUAUUCUUCGGUGUGCCCCUGGAGGUGAUGCACGGCACGGCCCGCAUCGGCGUCAUCUACUUGGCCGGCGUCUUCGCCGGCUCGCUGGGCACCAGCGUCGUCGACUCCGAGGUGUUCCUGGUCGGCGCCAGCGGCGGUGUCUAUGCCCUGCUGGCAGCACAUUUGGCCAACAUCACGCUCAACUAUGCGCACAUGAAAUCCGCAUCCACGCAGCUGGGCUCCGUGGUCAUCUUUGUCUCUUGUGAUCUGGGCUAUGCUUUGUAUACGCAAUAUUUUGAUGGCGCUGCCACGCCCGCCUUCGCCAAGGGUCCCCAGGUCUCGUACAUAGCGCAUCUGACCGGCGCCCUGGCUGGCCUGACCAUUGGCUUUCUGGUGCUCAAGAACUUCGGGCAUCGGGAGUACGAGCAGUUGAUUUGGUGGCUGGCACUGGGUGUUUACUGUGCCUUUACCGUCUUCGCGAUUGCCUUCAACCUGAUCAACACUGUGACGGCGCAGCUGAUGGAGGAGCAGGGCGAGGUGAUCACACAACAUUUGCUGCACGACUUGGGCGUGUCCUAAGCAGCUAGCGAAAUACAAGAUAUAUAGUAUAUAUACAUCGAAAAUAUAUAUAUUAAUAUAUAACCAGGAGAGAAACAUAGACAUAGACAAAAAAAAAAAAAGAAAAACAAAACAAAAACAAAGUUAGUAAAAUUUUGAUUUUAGUUUUAAACUGAAAUUCAAAAUUCGUUCGGCUUCACUUUUCCGUUCCGUUCCGUUGCGUUGCAUUACGAGUUUCGUUUUCCAACAUUUCACGCAGAACAGCCGAAAAGCAGAACAGAACAGCAAAACAACAAACAAAAAUGAAAAAUGAAAGAACAAACACACUCAAAGAACGGGCCGAAACGUGUAAACAAAUGUUGUGAUAGAACCAAAGACUGAAUUUAUUUUGCGUGUAAAGAAAAAAAAAAAAAA